GGAGAGAUAAGGCUCAUUUUUGGCUGAGGGAGGAGGCUCAAUGACUUUGGUGACUCAGGGUUUUGGAAGAAACCAUUGGUCCCAGGACAGCAACAACCGAAGUGGGACAGGAUCCUGCAAAGACUGGUUAUCGAGGUCUCAGUCCUCGUGUUAUGUUCGCCAGUCACCUGACGUUGGAGCAGGCAGGGAAGUAACCAGUGGACAAAAUGACAUCUAAAGGAGAGUUCAACUAUGAUAAAGACUUGGAAGAAGCGCUGGAUGCCACAGGCUUUGAAGAUCCAGAGCAAACUAUAGGCAGUGGGGACCGAGAAAGGAAACAGACGGAGAAGCGGAAUUCAAAACUUUACAAAUUCUUUAGACAGUCAACAGAUUGGAGGAUCCGUGGAUCAUAUAAUCUGGAAAGGAGGAGGCAGAAGGAAGACAGAGGGCAGGGAGGACGAUACCAUGGGAGAAGAAUUUCAUUCUCUGAAACUCCAGCCCAACUCUUCCCUCCUGUGGCUCCAUCCUUUAUCCCACCCAGUCGUGGAGUAGACGAGACCUACGUGGAGUUGCAGGAGUUGGUCAUGGAUCAUACCAAUGAACUGCACUGGGUGGAGGCAGCCCGUUGGCUAAAGACUGAAGAAGACUUUCAGGAUGAUCUAAGACAGUGGGGGAAACCUCAACUCUCCUACCUCACCUUCAAUAGCCUUCUGGAGCUACGUCAGACCUUAAAAAAUGGAACCGUGAUUCUUGACCUUGCCGAAAAGACUCUGCCUGGAAUUUCUAGCCAAGUUAUUGACCAGUUGAUUUAUGAAGGACAUGUUAGGCCUGAAAACAGAGAAGAGGUCCUGAGAGCUCUUCUGCUGCGUCACAGCCAUCCUGAUAAAGAAGGAUCUAAGGGAGAUCCUGAAAGUGGACAGCCUCUUAUACAUCAAAUAGAGAUGAAAGCUGUUUCUGAGAAGGAACCUCUCAAAGGAAAUUUGUCAGAGCGAGUACCGGAAAAUGCAGAAGCCUCUGUGGUCCUGGUGGGUAGUGCUGAUUUCUUGGAGAACCCCACACUCUGUUUUGUACGCCUGAAAGAAGCCGUUCUUCUUGAGUCAGUCCUUGAGGUGUCACUGCCCAUCAGGUUCCUCUUCAUUAUCCUUGGACCUAGAGAUAGCUACAAGAGCUACCAUGAAAUUGGAAGGGCAGUGUCCAGCAUGAUGGCUGAAAGAGUAUUCCGAACUGAUAUGUACUUGGCUGGUGGGCGCCAAGACAUCUUGCAAUCUCUGGAUGAGUUCUUGGACUGUUGUAUAGUCCUGCCUCCCAAUGAUUCUACCAGUGAGCAGUUACUUAAGGAGCUGCUACCAGUACAACAAAAUCUGAUGAGGAGGAGGUAUCAAGAAGUCAAGGUGGUGCCUGGAGGACACAGAGAUAAAAAAACAAAAGCAGAACCACCUGAAGAUCCUUUGCAAAGAACCCGCAAGCCAUUUGGGGGCCUUGUGCGUGACAUCAAAAGACGUUACCCAAAGUAUCUCAGUGACAUUCGAGAUGCUCUUAACCCACAAUGCCUGGCCGCUGUCAUCUUCAUCUACUUUGCAGCCCUCUCUCCUGCUAUCACAUUUGGUGGUCUGAUGGCUCAGAAGACCCAGUCAUGGAUGGGGGUUCCUGAACUGAUGGUCUCCACAGCCAUCCAAGGCAUUGUAUUCUGUCUGCUGGGUGCCCAGCCUUUGCUCAUUCUUGGAUUUUCUGGACCUCUCCUGGUGUUUGAAGAAGCUUUCUUUCAAUUCUGUGAUUCCCAAGAGAUUGAAUACAUUGUGGCACGUGUGUGGAUUGGAUUCUGGUUGAUUCUCAUUGUCAUCAUUGUGGUGGCCUGUGAGGGCAGUUUUCUGGUCCGCUUCAUAUCACGAUUCACACAGGAGAUCUUCUCUUUUCUUAUCUCACUCAUCUUUAUCUAUGAGACAUUUUCCAAUUUAGCCAAGAUUUUCAUAGCACAUCCUCUCAAGGGCCAUUACAAUGAAUCCACUGUUAAUAUCCCAACUGAGCCCCAGCCAAACACCGCUCUGCUCUCACUGGUGCUGAUGUCAGGAGCUUUCUUCAUCGCCUACUUCCUGCGUCAGUUCAAGAACAGCAGCUUUUUUCCUGGAAAGCUCCGUCGUAUUAUUGGAGAUUUUGGUGUUCCCAUAGCAAUCCUCAUCAUGGUGACAGCCGACUUUUUAAUCAAGGAUACAUACACAAAGAAACUCAGCCUGCCCAAAGGUAUCAGCGUCUCCCGUCCUGUAGACCGUGGUUGGUUCAUUUCACCUAUGGGGCUACAUCCAGAUAUCAAACCUUUCCCUGUGUGGAUGAUGUUUGCAUGUGUGGUCCCAGCAUUGCUGGUCUUCAUUCUGAUCUUUAUGGAAUCUCAGAUUACCACGCUCAUUGUCAGCAAACCAGAAAGAAAAGCUGUGAAAGGAUCUGGAUUCCACUUGGAUCUUCUGUUGAUUGUGGGCAUGGGGGGUAUUUGUGCACUUUUUGGAAUGCCCUGGCUUAGUGCGACCACAGUCCGUACAGUCAGCCAUGCCAAUGCUCUUACAGUCAUGUCCAAGGGAGGAAAACCUCAAAUAGAGCGUGUUAUAGAACAACGAGUCAGUGGUCUGCUGGUGGCUGUUCUUGUGGGUGUCUCCAUAUUGAUGGAGCCAGUUCUGUCCCUCAUUCCCCUGGCUGUAUUGUUUGGUAUUUUCCUGUACAUGGGUGUCACCUCACUGAAUGGAAUACAGUUCUUCGACCGGAUCCUACUCACCUUGAAGCCACCAAAAUAUCAUCCUUCGGAGCCCUAUGUAACCCGAGUUAAGACUUGGCGUAUGCACGUCUUCACCCUGAUACAGGUGAUCUGCCUGACCGUUCUGUUUGUUGUGAUGUUCACUCCGGCUUCAUUGGCACUUCCAUUCAUCCUCAUCCUCACUGUGCCAGUCCGCAUGUUUAUCCUGCCUCACAUCUUCAACAGUCUGGAGCUCAAAUGUCUGGAUUCAGAAGGCGCUUCUGUCAAUCUGGAAGAAGAAGAAGGUCAGGAUGUCUACCAUGAAGUUCAGAUGCCUGUUUAAUCCUGCCCUAUGUCUAAUGUCUAGAAAUACUGCAGAGCCUACAUAAUGCUGCCAUCACAUAUAGCUAAUUUUAAGUGAAGAGCCUUAUGCUGAAAGACCAUCUAUAGAACCCACGGGAUCAUGAAAUACAAGUAUUGGGAGCCUCAAGGCGCUCUCCUUCGAUAGCUAUGCAAUUUACUUUCUGACCAUGAUUUUAUUAUAUGUUUUCAAAUGCACUAUUGUCUAAUGUGAUAGAAAAAAAAAAAAGAUAAAAAAAAAUCAGUAAUUUUAGAUUUUUCCAAAUUAGUUUUCUUUCUUUCUUUCCUACUGGUUGCAUAUUAUUAAAAGGGUUGUCCAGGAUUAGAAAAA